AUGAAAAUUAUUGUCUUAAUAUUCUUGUUAGGUGCCUUUGCUUCAAACAUCAGACAUAAAAAGGAUAGACACGUUGAUUCAUAGACAUUAUCACAUCAAUAAUAAAACACUAAAGAAUUAUUGCAAGUCACUGAUAUAGACAAUGAAUCUUAGACAUUAGUUGAGGAAACACUCGACUAACAAUAAAAUUUAGAAGAACCCAAACCAUUAUAUAAUAAUGAUGGAAGAUCGCCUGAUAUGGGCUUAAAUGAAGUUGAAAAUAAUGAUGUCGCUGAAGCUCCCAUGAUGGCAGAAGAUGUUUAUGAUUACUCAGCUCAAGAAGAAGUGAUUAAAGGCGUUUCACUUAUAUAAGUUGGAGAGAUUGAUGCAUUAGCUGAUAUAGAUACAAGCAUGCCAUUAUUGGAUGAGGAUUUCAAAUACGAUGAAUAAGCCCUUCAGGAAACUCCAUUAAAUGUUGAUAUUAUUGAAGAAGUACCACAACAAUAAGAAUAAGAAAUUAAUGAAAUAGCUGACUAAUCAGAAUAAGAAGUCCAAGUAGAAGAUUAAUAAGAUUAAUUAAUAAAUGAGGUUUAAUUACUCUAAAUUGGAGGAUUCUAUUAUUGAUUUAUUCAAACAAAAUAUAACAUUAAAUUCAGUUAUUA